AUGUUUGUAAGGCUAGCAAUUUUUGCGAGCCUGCUUAAAUUAUCAAUCGCCCAAGAAGGACUUGUGUUGUCGGACUCUUGUGAAGCGGAUGUCAAAGACAAAUUCGAGAAAGCUCUGAAUUCAACCAUACUCUCGCGUUACAGCAGAAAAAAUCAGACAACAGAGGAUACGUCUACAAAGCAUACUGCCUAUGUCACUGCUAAUUCGAAAACUGACCCUCUUACCCUUCCUUCCGGAGAUAUCGAUUAUACAUCAGGAACAUGGAGAAACGUGAGUGAAGUAGCGCACGACAUCAUAAAAGCUUUGGAUGCACGAUGCCCUAAGGACGUAAAAAUAAUUGGAGUUGACUGCUUUGCUUCUUGUUAUAGUGGCUAUGAGGACGUAGGAUGCUCCAUUUUUACAACAGCUGAUUGCCCUGAGAGACCAGAGCAAGAACUGCAGGAGAAACAAGAAGAAAAUGAUUCGCAAAGAGAACAGCAUCACGAAGGACAAGGGGACGAGCAUCACGAAGGACAAGGGCAUGAUGCUGAGCAACUUCAACAGGAACAGGUGGCAGAAACAGCACAAGCUGCACAGCAACCGAAGCAGGAUGGGCUGCAGGAAGAAGAUAAAAAUGCCGCAGAACCGCAAAUGGCGGAGCAGGAGGAGCGAUUGGAAUUUCCGCGUCCAUCGCACUGUCCUUUGGACAUCGGCGGUUGCGCGAAAGAUUCUUCUUCUGACAGUGAAGACUUCAAUUCUUGA